AUGUUUUUAGGAGACAUCAUUCCAUUUGCAUCGUCCAAUAAAUCUAGCACAUUUGAUAAAGUCUAUGGUUGUCAACGACGCCCAGCUAUUACAAGUUUAACAGCUCGAUGGAUACCAUCGAAACAAACAGCCGGCGUAUAUGAAUGGACCGGACAAUCUGAUAAUAAAUCAAAAACAAUGACUUUUUUUGGCACUGGAGAAAUGCGAGGACAACUCAUUUUUAGCCAACCGUCAUCAGCAUACACGGAUGCUUAUUUAUUAGCAUUCGCACCGAAACCUACACAUCAGAAAUACCAUCAUUCACCGAGAAUUGAAACACCAUUAUUUUCUUCAAGCAGUUAUCAUCCGACUUUCUCCUCAACACCAUCAACACUAUCAAAAGUAGAAAAUAUUUCAAAAACUAGUUUUGAAUCGUCGUGGCCAAGCAGUAAUAUUACAUCAACACCAUUAAGAGAGAAAGUGCAUCUUAUGGAACCAAAAAUUUCAUAUUCAGGUGUUCAAACGAAACCAUCUACCUAUGAAGAACGCUCAAUCUAUUCGAUAAAUAACUCUAUCCCAUCAUCAAUUAAAGACAAUGUUCGUCCAACAACAAAAACACCGUAUACGUCUUCAACCACUGAUCAAUCAACGACUAAUUACCGACCUUCUCAAACAGUGUCCACUUAUAACUAUGAUCCACUACCUCAAACUAAAACGUAUCUCGCCAGUGAUCCCCCAUCUAUUCAAAUUCCACCGUAUUCUAACUUUUCUAACAAUAACCGAUCAUCGUUUCCCUCAACAUUCAGUAGUAUUUCAAUGUCAUCGUCAUCAACAUUUCCAAAAUAUAUAACACCAAAUUCAUAUAUUUCACAAUAUUCACCGCCAGAUUCCUACUUGAACAUAUUCAAACCUCCGUCUGCAUAUAGUUCGAGAGAUUAUUCCUCAUCUACUAAUUAUCCUUCUAGCUAUCAAUCAACAAAUUCUUUUUCCACACUACGUCAAGCAAAUAAUAUCAGUCAGUAUGAAAAUACCAACAGAAAGCAAACUGCCUACAUUCCAACUAGUACGUAUAGCACAAACUUUUCCCAACAUUCCUUGCAGCAAACCAUUGUUAUACCUAAAACAAUGAGAGUAUACGAAAAUAUUGAAGAACCAGUCACAAGUUCGUACACCUCUCAGCAGUCCUCCAAUAUUUCACAAAACGUACAAGAGAAACCAGUCGAUAUCGAUAGUCAAAAUCCAAAGGUAUACGCUUUAACUCCGGAACCUCCCAUACAAGAUGAAUUAAUGCACAAGUCUGAAUUAUAUCAAAUGGAAGAACCUAGUAGCAGUCAAAUAAUAUCAAAACCAAUUGGAAUAUUGGAAAAUACAUUGAAUAAAUACGAGAGCCUAAUAGAUGAAAUUAGUGCACUACUUGCAAGUGUAUCGCCGAUCAGUUCAACUCUGAGUAGCAUAAGCCUCGAAAAAAGUUUUCUCGACUAUGAAAUAUCGCCUGAUAGUUCGCCCACAUUAAGUAUGAAAUCAUCUAUGCAUAAAACAGAACCAGCUAAAACUCCUGAGAGUAGUGAAGAUGAAGUAACGAAAUCAAAGAUAUUUGUGGAUAAUAAAAAUCAAGCAAAUGGACAGAAAGAAAAAGGUAGUUACCCUAUUACUGGAUCUUCUUAUGAUAAACUGAUUACUGCUAUUUCAGUUAUGGAUAGUGAAUUAAAACAUCAAGUAUCAGAGGAUACAGAUGAUAGUGGGAAAGCAACAACAUCCCAGACAUUUGAUAUUGAUGAUACUGCUGAUGAUAAAACUCUAACAGAAACUAAUGGAAUUUUAACUACAAUUCAUAAUAUACCUGAGGCAGAUUAUUCCGUGUCAGAUCAAAUAUCUGUGUUGAGCGAUAUACUAAUGCCUAAACAACAGUCUGUAUCAAAUGAUAGCAUCUCCAAAGUAGACGACAUUCAGCACGGCACAAAAAAUUUACAAGAAAUUUUAUCAGAUUUGUUGAAAGUCACCUCGAAAAAUGCCCAAGUGAACUCUGAUGAAAUACGUUUACAACAUAAGGAACAAUUUCCAAUUUCAAUAUCCCAGACGCAAGUCACUCAACAACAAGCUGUUAUUUUACCUGGAUUUCUUGAAGAAAACGUCCCUGACAUAGAUACUCAAUUGGCAAUUUCCUUCGAAGAAACCGAUAAAAUCAUCCAGGAAGCAUCAGAAUCAUAUUACAAAACCGCCCUAGACAAUUUGAUAUCACGUAAAGACGAAAUCACAACUACAUCUGAGCCAACUGAAACGACUACUGAUAGACAUGAAUUACAAUCACAGAUAUUUUCUAAUGAAAAUGACAUGACAGCAGACCAUAAGUCUGAAUCAGCGAGUUUAAUGACUAAAAUUCUUGAGCAAGUUUUCACUAGUGAACAACAAUCCGAUGAACAUGCUCAAGAAAUAGGUUAUCAUGAAGAACUAAGUCCGCCUACCAUCAUCAACGAAAAUUUAUCUGACAAUAAAAGUCCGACAACGACUCAAACUGAUGAGGUAUCUGGAAGCAGUUUUGAAAUACAAAGAAUAUUAGAAACACAUUACCAACCUGGUCAGGAGAUAAAUACAUUGUCACAAAGUUCUGAGGAAGCACAGCUACUGGAAGUGGCUGAAUCCGAUAGUUUACACAUCGAGAAAGAAUUACAUGUGGCUUCCACUGGUAAAAAAACUUCCGAAGAAAUAAUUCAUGAUACAGGAUAUACAGACGUUAACAUAGAAUCAGACGUUGUGUCAAGCACAAACGUCGCAGAAGCAGAACGAAGUGAGAAAAUUUUGACUGGUGGCUUGAACUUGAAAACAACACUUCAGUUAAACGAAACAAAUGUGCAAAAAAUACUUGAGAAUCAUGAAGAGAAUUAUCUCGUCCAGAUUGAAGAAUUAUCAAAUGUUAGCGAUUCAAAAGCAACGAUCGAUAAUUUAUGCAUAAUAACAGAUGAAAUACUUCGUCAAGCGUCGAAAAUACUAUAUCAUGAUAAUCAAAUUUUUGACAACAAAUCAAACCCCGAUGAAAGAUUCCAAUCAAACCUCAGUUCCUCUAACAUGUUAAUGUCGGACGAACCACGUACAGAAAUAAAUCAAGACUUGAUGAAUAGAACAGUUGAGCAAUUUAAUGAAAAUAUUAGAAUAGAAGAGGAACAACUCGUUCCUGUACCAGAUAACGAAGAAGAGAGAAAUGAACUACAUGAUACUGUUGCAAACGAAAAUCUCAAUUCUCAAUCGGUGACAAAUAGUGAACAACUACUAACAAAUAAAACAGAAGUUGAUACCAUUCAGCCUAAACCCACUUCUACUAUACCGGUUGAAGAGAAUCUGGAACGAGGAGUACUCAGUGAAGAAGAUUCUUUUCACCAUGCAUCAUCUCAAAAGUCUGGAAUAACUGUGGCACCAUCAUACGAAAUAUAUAUGGAGUCAAAGAUUGAAUUUAGUGCUGCAGAAGAAAAACCAAAGAAUUUACCAGAAGUACCGCAACUACUAAUAGAUGAUCCUCCAGAACAAAUGACAAAAUCUGAAUCAAUGAUUCCUGAUACAAUUCAAACAGAAAAUAUUAUCAGAUCAAUAAUAAGUAGUACUCAGACAACAGAAGCUGUGGUAACGUACCAAAAAGUCGAAGACCAUGAGAUCCAAGAAACAAAGAGUGGCGAAAUAAACUUUCACAUUAUAAGUCCUUUGAAAGAACUUGGUCAAACAAGUGAGGUAUCUACGAGAUAUACAAGCAGCGAUGUUUAUUAUGCUUAUCUCGGCGAUCAUUGUCAGAUAAAUUUUGAAAACGAGACAAUAAAAGGUGGUAUUAUCAAAUAUGUGUCAGAUGAUACGAACGGGAUGUCGAACGUUAACGAACUAACAGAGAAUCAGUCAGCAGAUGAAGAUCUUAAAACAGAAUUUUCAAUUCCUGGUAAUCAUACUGAAGAACAAUUAUCUUUGAAUAGUGGAACAAAAUUUGACACAAUAGAAGAGUCAACUGUUUUACAAAGCAUUGCACAAACUGCUAUUGCUCCAUUUACUAACAUUAGUGAAACGAUGCAAAAAGUUGUUGCUAAUCUUCAAUUGGAUUUAGAACCCCAAUCAAUUUCUACUAAUGUUUCAGAAGAAUUAGCGAUCUUCAAGUCUCAUACAGAGUUAGAAGAGAAAUCAAAUGAGAAAGAUAGCAAAAUUAACGAAACAGAAAACGUCCAAAGUCAAAGUGAACAAACACAGGCAUUCCUCAAAACAAUUGAACAAAGAAUUACUUCUCCAGUUGUAACUGUCACAGAAGUCGUACAAAACAUAGUGUCAAGCAUACAGCAGUCGUCCAGCGACGAACCAGGAAUUGAAUCCGAGUUACCAUCAAAUCAAGAAGAUUACAUUACUCUGUCGACUCCAUCUACAGAAAGUGGGACAUAUCGAAAAGCGGACCAGAUCGAAGAAUUGUCAAAAUUUCAUGCCUCUGAUAUCGAUGUAAAAAGUGAUCAGUUAGAACCAAUUCAUGGUGCAUUUAAUUUACAAGAAUUAAACCUUCAGCUCGAAUAUAUUCACGAGAUACUAUCAGCUCCCGAAUUGAUUACAUCUGAUCAAGACGAUAAAUUCAAACCAGAUUUUGUCAUUAAAGACUCUUCGUCUUGUACCAAUGAGUCUCCACAACUUCCAGUCCCAUCUUUUAAUGAUUCAUCUGAGAUACAAAUCCUUGAACUACAGCCGCCAGUAGAAAUAAUCGCCACAGAUGUACAAAUCCAACAACUGCAAGAAAACAUCGCUAAAAGCCCGACUGAAACAAAUCAAAUCCAUAAACUGGUCACAGAAGAGAGCAAAAGCACAGUGGCAUCUGAAUUUGAAGUUCCAACAGCAAUCAAUAGCCCACUUAAAUUUUCUGAUAUAUUCACGACACUCUCUGAUCAAAAUAAAGAGAAUAUAGAAAUAUUCUCUAGUCAUUUAUCAGAGAAUAUUGAAAUCAUCGAGCCCAAAGAUAUUUACCAAGAGAAAAGUUCCCAUCUUAACUUAUCACAGAAUGGUAUAGAACAGACUAGUGUGUCGGAGCAACACAAAACUGAUGACCCAGCCAUAUAUCCAUCAAAUUUAGAUAUGCAUACUGAAAAUUCAAAUUAUAUUGAACAGGUUAAAGGCGACGAAUUUAGCCAUGAAACAGAUGAAGAUGGAGAAAAACAAAUUGAACAACCAGUUGAGUCUUUUCAACCAUUCUCCAUAAAUUUGAAUCAAUCCAACAUAGUCACUGAAUCAGAUAAGCAGACACAAAUUCAAACACAAGAGCUAACUAAUAUUCAACAAUUGCUUGAAGAAAUGCUUGACAUGACAAAUAGUAUUAGUCUCAAAAUUAAGAUGCCCCAAAUUGAAAGUUCAGUUUCUACCACAACAGAACAAUUUGUGUCUCAAGAAAACCACCAACUGACUGAUAAACAAACAAUAGACAAUAGUUUGGUAGUUGAUAAUGAAAAGGUACUUACGUUGUUAACAGUAAUAUCUGAAAAAACUACGUCAGUCGACAUAUUACCAUCAGUUUCCGAAGAAGAACAACGUGAUAAACUUAAUUCCACAAUAGAUGAAAAUUUAGAAAAGCUGUCUACUGUGAAAUUUAACUCAACAGAUCAAAAUAAUUACUCCCGAGAAUGUUCGCCAGAAAUAACAGAAGUGGAUACGUUCGAUUUAAUAAAUACUCUUGAAAGACACAAUAUCAUAUUCAAUUCAGAUCAAACGAAUUUUAGCGGACUAAAAACUAUCAAUUAUUCUGAAAAAAUUGUUGAAGUUUCAUCAACUGAUACAUCGGAUGCAAAAAGUUCACAAAUUGCAUCGCGCACUAUCGAUACUACGAUGCAAGCUGAUUCAACAGAAAAAUUGUCAGAAACGGAUAUUAAAAAAGCUUUAUCAUCGAUACUUUAUACUCAAACGACGACUGUUGAACAGUGUCCGAUAGAAGGUCAGAAAAUACUAACAGAAUCCGAUCGUUCAACCACGACCAGUGCAUCUCAGAUUACUAGCUCAGAUCGUUAUCUGUCUUAUGCUAUCCAUGAACUGGAUAAUUCAUCUGUUGAACGUUUGGACGUAGCAAUUUCAGUUAAUGCUGAUUUACCCGUAUUCAAAAGUACAAAUAGUGAUACGUCCGCUCAAGCUGAUCUUCAAGUCAAUGAGCAAAACAUGUCGGACGUAGUACAGUUACCCGAAAUAAAACAACAACAGCAACAAUUACUGUUUAAAAACAAUCAUCAUCAACAGCACCAGCAGCACGAUGUUGAGGAUGCAACCGAAUUUGACGCAACAGAAAAUAUUACAUACUCAUUAAACUUAGAUGAUGAAAAUUUAGCAUCAGAUCGAAUAAAGAAAUUAUCAAAAAAACAACAUGGAUCUAGCACUGAUGAAGACGCCGAUGAAGACAUAAUGGAGAAUGUUGAUAUUGAUGAACAGAGUUUAGAACAACAACAAGAACACCAGAAUAUUUAUAGAAUAGUUCAAGAAGUUACCAAUUAUUCUCCGAAUGAUGCAUACCGUCGUUAUGAUACGUCCAGUAGGGAUUCGUCAUCGGCGCCCGUUCCUACAGAGGAUGUAUUUUUAAUUCCUGGAUUUCCAGGUCUGUGGCGAGGACCCGACGACGACGACAGCAUGCAGAGAGAACAAUCUUCAUUUGGCAAUGACGCUGAUGAUGAAAGAUACAGUUUAGAAGAAAGUAGUAUUAGAAAAAAAACAACAAUAAAAACCAAGACUAUCGUUCGAACAGCUGAUCCAAGUAAAUUUCAAAAUUUGCUGGGGCAAGACAAUGAACUUCAUGUUCCAUUAAAGUCCACACAAAAUACAAUACAAAUCUCUGAUGUAUUAAAUCGACCAUUAAACGAAUUUGAAUUCGAUCCCUGUUCUGAAUCGGAUAGUUUUAAAACCGCUCUCGAAACUGAGACUUCAUUAAUGUCAUCACAUCCACAAGCACGGUUAGAAACCGAACAAUAUGAUAUUUAUCCCACAAAUGAAAGUUUUGAAAGAAAAAGUUCACCGUUCACUAUACGCAGUGAACGCGGUGUAAGUCUACCAGUUCCUACAAAUAUUUCCUUUGACGAUCUUGACAUCCGUCUCUCUACAUCGUCUCCUAUCGAAACGCCAUUUUAUCCAGAAAUAAAUCAAACAAAUUCUUUACUUUUAUCGGAUACGCGAGUGAAUGACACGAACAAAAAUCGAGCAAGUAGUGCAGAUAACAAUGCAUUAAGAUCAAAUAUACACGAAUCAUCACCAUACAGUGAAAUUCAAACAACAUCAAGCGGUGGUAGUUCAAGAAGUUUGAGUAGUAGUGAUGAACAACGAAUAUUUGAACAACCACUAUGGUGGAAAGCUGACAAUAUAACGGAAGACGUCCACGAAGCAUCAACUACUACCGAACCGCUUGAGUCAAAAACAACCGUACAAAAAUGUGCAAAAGGGCCUAUUUGUAUUAGUGAAUGUGAUAAUGAAGGACGUUACAUUACAAUCGAAAAUACCAGUCGUUCAAAGAGCAUAUCAUUAUCUGGUUGGAGUAUACGACAAGAAGCUGAGAAUGAAACGAGGACAUUUACGUUUCCAGAAAAUUGUCUUUUGAAACCAAAUUAUUCUUUAAAGAUUUAUUCGGAGGUUCACGGAAAAGAACGAAAGAAUGGUGAUCUUAUUGCCAUGCCUAUACCUUGUUGGCAAACUAGUUCAAAUAUUGUCACGAAAUUGAUUAACACAGAUGGCAAGGACCCAAAGAUUAAUGUUUCUUAG